AUGAUGAGGUUCGACCUCUUGCAGCAACCGGGGGCCGCGGCCCUGCGCCUCCCCGCGGGUGACUCGAGGACGACGAACCUCUUCCGCGGCUGCCGCCGGCGCCUGCGGCGUACUAGUGCGUGGAAGCUCCAAUUCCUUCACCGUGGUUCGUCCCACAGUCUCAGCUGUGUCCAGCCAGUUCGGUGCUACAGAGAACCUGAGGCAGAGGUGGUCUGACUUUCCUGACGGAUAUUCAUUGUUCUCUUCUCCUCGGAUUUGAAUCUCCGGUUCUGACGGUGAUUUGUGUGGCAUUUUAGUUUCAUUCUCCCGAUGAUGGUACGGCUGCGCGGCGGCUGCUGUCCGGGAUGGAGGAUGGAUUUCUCGCGAAUUGUGAAUCAGAGUUGCCGUUGGAGAUUUGCGUCACGCGCACGUUGCCGCCGGCGCUCACGAUGGCGGAGGCUGUUGGGAAAAUGAUUGAGGAGAUCGCGGAGAUGAAGUCGAACUCUCUCAGCCUCGCAAGUGGUGUGCUGAGGCUUCAGGUAGGACACCUUCCAUAUUGUCCUCGUACUGUUUAUUAUGUAUGUAUUGUCAAUCUACAUUUUCUUUUUCUUUUCGGAACCUUCGAACCGGAGAUUCACUGAGGUUUGUUUCUGUCCUCUGAAUUGCAUCACACAUCGAAACAUAAAACACGAUCGUGAUGUUGGACUGAGGUUUAUCAGAGUUUUUUUUUUCUUUUUCCGGCCUGAGGUUUUACUAUUCUCUUUUCCUAAUUACCUCUGAUUCUCGUCAUGCAGCCUCCCGCCUCCUCCGUUGUUGUCCUUUAUUUCUCUUACAUCGUUCGUCAUCUGCUGUAAUUUUGUCGGGAGUCUGCCGACGAAUUGGCUUCUGUAUUUAUUGUUCAACUGCUAUGCUCUUCUUCAACGACUUUUCCAGCUUUCAUCUAUAGUCAUCAAGCACAAUAGCUGAUGAUUUUUUUUUCUGAAUCCGCAGAUUGCAGUGCCUCCAAGCAUAAAAGCUGUGAAUUGGCUAUUCUCUCAGCACAGCUCGUCCAAAAUAUUCCCCCAAUUUUUCUUGUCGACGAACAAGAAGGAUGACCCUGUUCCCUUGUCCCUACCUGAUGGGUUGCUCGGAGUUUCGGGAAUCGGAGCUGCGGUCUACAUUGCGGGUUCUUCUCCUACCUCGGCCACGACAAAACUAAGGAGGUCAGUCUCUCAUUAUUUUUCUUUAUAUUUCCUCUUCUAAUGACAUUCUGCUCGUUUGUUUAUUUGGCCUUCCACUUCCCUCUGCUCCGUUCGUCUCUUCUUUCCUCCCAUUCCUUCUCCCUUCCACACUUGACUUCCCUUCCAUCUCUCCAUUUUCUGCCCAUCUGCUGGCAGAACAACACGUCGUCAAGGCCCAACGGAUGUGUUGCCCUUGUUGCCGUCGGCGUCACCAGAGCCUAUCUCUGUUUAGUGACAUCAAUGGUUGAUCUCUCUCGUGCGCUGUCCGCCAAAGCCGCUGCUUGCAGUCUCUUAAAUGGCCCAGUGCUUGUUGAUUUUUAAUCUUGGCCAUCCCUCCCAGCCUUUCUCCGUCAGCCAUUUUCAACCAUGGCUGCAAGAGCCAAACCCCCGCCUGUACCGUUUUCUGCAUCCGGGUGACAGAACCCACCUGGUCGUUCUGUGGUAGAUGGUCCAGUUGAACUCUGCGUUCCAGUGGAUUGUUCGCUACGGAAGCGAAAGGGAGAGCUUUGCCACUUGGUGAGGGGAAACUCGCCGUCGGCUGUGCCAUUAAAUUCGUCCUGGAAAUGCAACUCACAAAAUCCUAAACGGAACUUAAUCAGGAGGUCGUACAGGGAACUCUCUUUGGGUCAUUCAUAACCCUAAUGAGUCUGAAACCUAUUCCUUGAAGCACAGCUCCGCUGCGGCAAUACGCAAUAAAAGUGGAACUUCAGGCCCUUCAAUAGACUGAGGCUCGGGAGUUUGUGCCACUUUAUACCCGGCAAAGUUCUUACUAGUUGCAAGUGGAUGUGCAAGCUUAAAAUACGGAUAAUCGAUCUGUUGACUAUUUUAAGACAACCGGUGAGUUGGGUAUCCAUGUAGUAUUUCAUUAGUUUUCCUCUAUGCUUGUUCCGCAUGAUUAGCUUAAGAACAGUAAUCAAGAGUUUGAAAUAUCAAUAUUUGGAUAAAAAGCACUCAAUAAUGAGUAAACAGAUCAUUCAAAACGGCGUAGAACACUGCUACUGGGUAAGUUUCUGACUCAAUUCGCCAUUUCCUUUACUUUAUGCAGAGGUUAGUCGUCAAAACGUAUUAGCAUAUGAACACCAGGUACUCGUUGGUUACUUAGGGCACCAUAGUAUACUUGUUUGUCACCUUCGGCUUUGCCACCAUAAAGCCGUUGUCUACAGAACUAGUAAGUCAAAAUUAAGAAAUGCCACUGCAGAACGAGGAAUAUUGGCAAUCGCCAGAAUGGCUGAAUGGUUGGAAAUCAAUCAAAGCUCAAAUAACAACCGAGAAAGUGGUUUCAAACAUCUUGAAAUUAAUAACGUUGUAUGUUGAACUUCAAAAUCAAGCCUUAAUAACGUUACAGUUGUUCCUUCAAAAUCACCUCGGCAGAAGUGGCUCACAAGGCCUGGUUUUCCUCGGUUUGGGACUCUGUUCCUUUCCCUCUUUCAGCCUCCUAUGAUGUGAACCCUUCAUCACCAAUGAGGAGAUUCAUCAUUUCCCAGUCAUUUUAUUGCAAGAAGUAAAUACUUAAUAUUAAAUUAUUAUUCCUUUCACAAAGUCCCGAGAACAAAGUUGCAAAAUAUAUAUUCAAUUUGCGUUUUGGCCUGACUAGAAUGAUUUUAUUUGUACUUGAUUUUUUUUUUUGCAUUUGUCCUCAAAUACUUCGUUUGCAACCAUUUGCACUUUAUUUGUGUCAUAUGGGUUAGGGGAUUUUUGUUGGUACAUAGUGCAGCUAACUGAAAUUAGUUGGAUAAAAAAUCACGUGGAAUCAAAAUCAUAUGUUCUUUUUUGGACUCCUACUAAAGUGACGUUGCAAGUUUUGUCCAAUGUUCUGUAAAGCAACAUUUAUAAAGUUGAUAAACUCAUGUUUCCCAUUUAUUGGGACAAUAUUGGUUUGAAAAUGACAGGUUUCUUUUCUCUGUCUGAUGGGGCCAGGUGUUUAUAAACCUGACCAUCUGAAUAUAAAUUGGGAACGCCGUUUGUUCUUAUCUUAUACAAAAAAGAGGGAAAUUUUAGGUGCUUCAAUGGUUUCCGGUCUCUUGGAUGAUGAUGCUCACUUCUGUGCAUAAAGAGGCUUUUUAAAUACCUUAAUGUUCCCUUCUCUUUUCGUCAUGUAGCUCUUUUGUUUGUAUUUAUGGAAUCCUUAAGUUUUAUUAUGAAUUGACAUCGAGUAUGCAUAAUUUUUUAUUGCUACGUUAAAAGUAAAAUGUUAACGUUGAUUGCUACUCAGAUAUCUUUCAGCUGAUUCACCGCUGACAAGUGCUUAUGGCUUUAUGGGAAUCGAUUACGACAACAAAUCUUCUCAUGUGGAGCGUGUUUCCCACUCAUUCUAUGCUGUUAUUCCUCAGGUUAAAUGGGCAACACUCGGUUACUUGGAUAGAGAAUUUUACUUGUUUCACUUCCCUUUUUAUUAUCAUCAUAAAGAACGUUGGAAGCUGUACUUAAUGACGAAAGUGCUAAAACGACAGCUUGCGAUCUGCUUCUUACUGUUGAAAAUAAUUAGCUUCGCUGUGACAUAUUCUUUUUAGAUUGAGCUGGACGAGUUUGAGGAUUGCUCAAUCUUGGCUUUAACAUUGGCAUGGGAUGAUUCUCUGCUUUACACAUUGGACCAAGCCAUUAGUUCUGCUGAAUUAAAGCUUUGCCAGGUAAAUCAUUCUUUUUGCUCUUCUCUUUUGCGGUCCUAGUUUUACUGUCGUUAAAAAUUUUAAGCACUAAAACCUUUGCCAUCUCUAUCAGAUUCUCAUCACAUGUUCGGAUUUUGGUAAAGACUGAAAUCAUUUUAAAAUCUUCUACCAUAAAGUCAUUGUUCACUUGGAUCCAUUGUGAGUGGAAAAUAUUUGUUAAAUGGCAAAUAGUUCUUGAGAAUGGGGAUGUCGCUCACAGAAUUGGGGUCAAAUUGUGGAUUGA